AUGAUCACAAGAAAUAGAUUAUGGAAUACGAAAUUAUCCCAAUUAUAUUUAACUUAUUUCAAGAAAAGAGAGUUUUUUGAAUAUACAAAUAAUAAAUGUUUUUUAAAUUUUCAAAAUAGAUUAUUUUCUCAUAUUCCUGUACCAUAUGUUAUUGAACAAACCGGGAGAUUUGUUAAUACUUUUGACAUUUUUAGCAGAUUAUUAAGAGAAAGGAUAGUAUGUCUUAAUGGAGUAAUAAAUGAUGGAGUUUCUGCUGUAGUUGUUGCUCAAUUACUUUUUUUAGAGGCAGAAAAUCCUGAAAAACCUAUUUCUCUUUACAUUAAUUCUUCUGGAGGAAAUGUAACUGCUGGCCUUGCUCUUUACGAUACUAUGCAAUAUAUUCGAUCACCUGUUUCUACAUUAUGUAUUGGUCAAGCAUCAUCAAUGGCAUCUCUUUUAUUGGCAGGAGGUGCUCCUGGGCAAAGAUAUGCAUUACCUCAUGCAAGUAUUAUGAUUCAUCAGCCGAGUGGUGGUGUAUCUGGGCAAGCUAGUGAUAUAGCAAUUCAUGCACGUGAAAUUUUGAAAGUUAGAGAGCGUUUAAAUUUUAUUUAUCAAAAACAUUUAACUAGAAUUAAAGACUUAGGCGAUAUAGAAAAAAUAAUGGAAAGAGAUUAUUUUCUAACUCCACAAGAGGCACUUGAGCUAGGUAUUAUUGAUGAGAUUUUAGUUAAACGUAACAAAUAA